CAGCAACAGUACCACUGGGGGUGGAGACUAAAAAUGAUGGACAGCUGUUAUAAACCAAUUCACGAUCGAGAAAUAGGAAGGUGACCAAUGAAAAUGCAGCAAAGAAAGAGCUGUAGUUAGAUAGAGAGCGCGAGGGCAGUAGCAUGUAUCACAACCUCUGUGAGACAACAGCGAAAAAGACUAAUGACCCAGCAUGAGGAGCCAGUCACUCCACUGACAUGGACAAGUACGAAAAGGUGAAGAAAAUUGGGGAAGGUUCGUUUGGAAAGGCCAUCCUAGUCAAAUCCAAAGAGGAUGGACGCCAAUAUGUCAUCAAGGAGAUUGGCAUAUCUGCAAUGCCAAGUAAAGAGAGGCAGGAAUCUCGGAAAGAGGUUGCUGUUCUUGCCAACAUGAGUCAUCCCAACAUUGUCCAGUACAAGGAGUCUUUUGAAGAGGGGGGCUGCCUGUACAUUGUGAUGGAUUACUGUGAGGGUGGAGACCUCUUUAAGAAGAUCAACUCUCAGAAAGGAGUACUGUUCUCAGAAGAACAAAUCUUGGAUUGGUUUGUGCAGAUUUGCCUGGCACUGAAGCAUGUGCAUGAUCGUAAAAUCCUCCACAGGGACAUCAAAUCACAGAACAUAUUUUUGACAAAAGCUGGAACUGUACAGCUUGGAGACUUUGGAAUUGCAAGGGUGCUGAACAGCACUGUAGAACUGGCAAGAACAUGUAUAGGCACACCAUAUUACCUAUCACCAGAGAUCUGCGAAAAUAAACCGUACAACAACAAAAGUGAUAUUUGGGCCCUAGGGUGUGUCCUAUAUGAAAUGUGCACUCUAAAGCAUGCAUUUGAGGCUGGCAACAUGAAGAACCUAGUUCUGAAGAUCAUCCGUGGCUCAUACCCUCCCGUGUCUGUUCACUACUCCCAAGAACUGCGCUCUCUCUUGGCACUGCUGUUCAAACGCAGCCCGAGAGAGAGGCCCUCAGUCAGCAGCAUACUGGACAAACCUUUCCUGGCCUGUAGAAUAGAGAGGUUCCUCACACCACAGAUCAUUGCUCAGGAAUUCUGCCAUACUUUUCUUCACAAGCAGCCUAAAGUGGGUGUGGUGCAGGUGCCACCAGCUAAGCGUCCCGCCCCUGGCUCCAUACCACUCACCCCAGCCCAGAAGAUUACCAAACCAGCCAGCAAAUACGGAGUGCCUUUAACUGUGAGGAAGGUGUCCGAUGCAGCCAAAAAGCCUGCAGAGAGGAAACUAGCUGUAAAGCAUAAAGCGGCCCCUCUCCCAGCAGCCCCCCAGAGAAGAGUGAGUCAAGUGGAGCAAGAGAGGAAAAAACAUGAGGAUGGCAUCAGAAAGAAAAGGAUGGAGCUGAUUGAGAAAGAACGAAAACAGAGAGAGCAGAUGUUCCUGUUGAAAGCUGAGCAAAUGAAGAGAUAUGAAAAAGAAAAGAUCAAUCGUAUAAACCAAGCCAGAGAACAAGGCUGGAAGCAUGUUUUGAGUUCUAGUGGAGGCAGCAGCCCAGAGAGGAAGUGUUUUGUCGGUGCUGGAAAGAGGGCUGUCCCAAGCUCUGUUCAGGGUCCUACUCCAGCCUGUCUCCCAAGUAAAACCCCGUAUGAACACUACCACGCUGCUCUGGACCAAAUGGCUAAACCACAGCCUAAAGUCAUCAGCAGAGAGGGAUCCUCAGUAGGACCAAGCAGUCCCAUUCGAGGUGUACCGGCUGCUGCUGGCCCAGUGCUGCCCAAUGGCCCUGCUCGACUCCUAAACCCCGAUGUAAUCAAGAGGGAACUGCAGAGGCUGCAGCACGUUUCUAAACCAGCCCAUGUUAGUAGGCCGCGUGGUCAUGCUGUUGCUGGACGAGCCUAUCAGGUUGAGGAGUUUUUACAGCGGAAGAGAGAAGCCAUGCUCAACAAAGUUCGCGCUGAGGGACAGCUGGGUACUCGUCAAAACCUGGCAGCAAUCUAUGGAAGCCGGGCUGGUUCGAUUCGGUGCAGGAGACCCAAAGCCAACAAAGAGGAGGAGGAGUACUUGUCGAGACUGAGGCAGAUCCGCUUGCAGAACUUCAAUGAGCGUCAGCAGAUCAAAGCCCGACUCAGAGGAGAGAAGUAUGACAGUGAUGGUUCUGACAGCCAGGAGUCCAGUGAGGAAGCACAGCUCAGGAGAAAGAAGAUAGAAGCUUUAAAAGCCCAAGCAAAUGCCCGUGCUGCUGUUCUGAGAGAGCAACUAGAGAAGAAGAGGAAAGAAGCAUUUGAGAGAGAAAAGAGAGCUUGGGAGGACCAUCUUGAAGCUCGGGGGGUGAAGGUUGGCAUGGCAGCAGGCAACGUAGCGGCGGUGGCAGUAGUAGCAGCAGUAUCACCUACCUCUGACAGUCCUCUUCCACAGCCCAGUCCCUCUCAGCCGGCCAUAGCUGCCAAAGCUCCAGUCCUGCCUGCAACCAAACCCUCCACCCCAGCUAUAUCCAUGACCGCUGCCCUGAAGAAUGUCGGAGCAAUUACUCCACUAAAAGAAAAGUUGGCCGAGCCUGAGACUGAUACCGUCAUCCAGAGUGAGAAAAAGCAGAUUCUACGCAGACUUAACCAGAACCUAAAAGCCCAGAGUCCAGUGGAGGAGCUGGAGGAGUCGCUUCCACUCCCUGCAGAACCAAUUCCUGCUCCCCACCAGAACCAGUCCGACACAGAGAACCGCCCCUCUUCAAACGGAGACCGGAAGAAGUGGGAUGCAGCAGAACUGCCUGUACUUCCUGUGGCUCAGCAAACCUUAGAGGAAACCUUAACCACACCAGCUACCUCAGUGUCCUCAGAAGAUGGACCAUCCUCUGGUGAAGACAGGAAGAAGUGGGAGGCAGGAGGAGUUCCACUUGUCCUCUCUGUAGCCCAACAAACUCUGGAGGAGACAUGCAUCAGGACCAUCGAGCAAACAGUGGGUGAAGUUAUACAGAUGGGUAAGCUACAGGACGAAGCUCCUAGGAAGGUGUGGAGAGCAAGUCCAGACUCUCAGGUGCUGAGAGUACUUCAGGAGGCAGAGCUUCAGCCUCUCACCCAGCAGCUGGAGAGCGUCACCAUCUGGGAGGAAGAGUUUUCCAGCCCUGAUAAGCCGAGCCUGACAGCAGCAGCUGAGAUUUUGAAGACGCCUAAAGAAGCGUUGCCUUCUAAGCCAACGCCGCCUGCUGGGGUUCUGAGCCCAGAGGUCCAGAAGGAGAGUGCAGACUCCACAGAGACCUCGCAUCAGGAAAUGCCUGUGGCCGGUGCUGUAGAACGAGUGACACUGCCACCCAACCUCACUGAGAUUCAGGAUCCAGCAGACAUGGAGUCCCUGGUUUUGGAAGAGACACCUAAACAGGCCUCACAACCCCCAGCUGGUGUGCAGCAGGCAUGGGAGCAUGAAGCCCAGCAGCCAAUGCCACCAGAGGGUGGUACAAGACCAGCAGACCCUAAGGAUGUUGAGAAGAGUGCAGAGAAACCAACUGAAUCUUCCGGUUUCACACAAUGCGAGGAGCCCCUGUUUAUAAAGUUGUGUUCCCCAGCCCACCGACGCACUGCUGCCCUUGCACUCCUCUCAGCCCAGUCCUCCAUGGAUGAAUCAUCCUCCUCUCUGGCCUCUCGCUCACGCUCUGUCUCCCCUCUGCGCUCCAAACACCACGACACCCUCCUCAUUGGUCUCUCAACGGGCAUGUUUGACGCCAAUAACCCCAAGAUGCUGCGGACAUGCUCUCUCCCAGACCUCAGUCGUCUGUUCAGCCCUCAGCAGGACUCUGCAGGGGCGAGUGAUGCGAAUGUUGCCCCAGACAACAACCUGGAAAUCGAGGACCUGGAGGAUGCAGCGAAAGAUGACGACCAGUCAGAGACCGAAGAUGCAUAUGAGGAUGAAGACCUGCGGGACAUCCGGGCCUCUAUGGAGAGGCUGCUCCAAGAAGAGGGCGACCUAAUGAGGAACACUCCAGAGGUUGGUGCAGGAGACUUUAAUGGGAACCGUCCAGACGGCGAAGACCAAGUACUGUUCAACAGGAUAGCAGCUGAGAUUGAUCAGGACAACAAUCUGAUGGCUGUAGAUGACGACGACGAUGAUGAAGAGGAGGAGGAGGAGGAAGAAGAAGGCGAGGAGGAGGAUGAGGAGGACGAGGAUGAGGAAUGCUCUAAUGGGAGUCCUGGCGAUGAGGAAGCGGGGGAGCUGCUCACUAAUGGUGUGGGAGAGAGGAGCCACAGUAAUAACAGCCCGCUCAAUGAGGAGUGGCAGUCAGAUGGCAGUGGAGAGGACCAGGGCGGAGAGGCUGCGCAUCAUGACAGCAUCUUCAGUCGUCUGGAAGAACUUCGCUUCAAUCUGGAGCAGCAGAUGGGGUUUGAGAAGUUCAUCGAGGCUUACAAUAAGAUUAAGGCUAUGCAUGAAGACGAAGAUGAGAAUAUUGACCUGGGCUCCAGUUUUGUCUUAAGCAUUCUGGGAACUGAGCACCAACAUCUGUAUCCCAACAUCCUUCAUCUAGUGAUGGCAGAUGGCGCAUACCAAGAAGGUUAAUAAUGAUGAAUAAUUGUUGGUGCAGUGGAGCUGCUGGCAGCUAUGACAAUCUGCUAGCUAUCUGAUGUCUUCCCAUGACGCACACCAUUGGCAGAAGGAUCUAUGCAUGAGGUGUCGCAGCCAUGCAUCUAACAGUGUUUCAGGCACACUUGCAUGAUGACUAGCUAGUACACUCGAGGCUGUUUCAUACUUUUGACUAUCAGCACCUGACACUAUUUUCUAACCAGUGUUCAUUCAAAAAGUGCAUUUAUCAAAUCCACGUUCUUAAUAACCAAAGUUUAACUUCAAGGUUCUGUCAAAUGUUUGUGAAAGUCUGUAUCUGUAAAUGAGUGAAACACAUGUAUUGUCUGGUUGGAUUAAUAGCAUAAACACUGUUGUGUUUCAGUUUGUUGUCGGUUCGGUUAAAAUCCACAGUGGCUUUUUAUUAUUUUGUCGGGCAAAGAUCUGGUUCUCUCAGGUGCUCCGUUUCUAACUGUCACAUACUCAACCACAGCUUCAGAACAUACACCAGGUCACCCUCAUGUUUCACUCCCAACCAGUUGAACCUCCUUUUCUUACAACUCUUUUCACCAAACAAGACGUUAAAUAUUAUCGUAAUACAUUUUUCACAUUUCUUACUGUUUCACUUAACCCAAAUUAAAU